GCUCUCCCCUCAUUAUGUAAAUGAGAAGCGCACUACACGUGGUCCCGGUGCCCUACUUCCAGCCUCCUAGGUGGGGCAGAGCCAGGCCAGCAGCCGCCAGACGGUUGGGGAGGGACGAGCGGUCAGACUGGGAGGGGACAUCACACAGAGACCGGUUGCUGCUGCCAACUCUCCAGCCCCGGAUUCACUCAGCCACAGCAGCAGCUGCCGGACUUGUAACUCAGCGAGUGCUCCUGAACCUGGGAUCCCGGAGGAGGCAUCAAGUUACAGGGAACAGAGGAGACAUGUCUCCGGGACAUCACCUGCCUCUGGAGGGGGAGAACUGAGCACCUGGGGAUAUUACAGACUGGGAACCAUUAUCCAGGUGCUGCCAGCUGGACAGGGAGCACAGUGCACAGUUGCAGAGAUGGAGCUGAGCCACACAGAAGUGCCUCUCUAUGGUCAGAUGACGGUAUUUGCACAGUUUAGUGAAGAUCUCCAUCUCCCAGAGGACGCAGAGUUUUACUUUGUUUACAAUGGGUCCAGUCACAGACACGUUACAUUUGCCGAACGCCUCACUGCUAAUUCUCUGCGAUCCAUUCUCCCAGGUCACAAUUGCCCAGAGACAUUAAUGGUGACUGUUUGUAUGCAUACCCAUGGCUACUCCCCAGUAAUUGUGGCUUGUACAUCUAUUGCUUAUGUGAUGGAUAAAGCAUGCAGUAUAGCUCACUUUCUAAAGAGCCAUUGUGACAGCCUCACAUCUUCCAGUCACCAGACCUUACUGGAUCAGUUUGAUGUGACCAUCAAUGAACUACACUUGCUGGACAGAAAUAUGAUGCUGUGUUUAGUGCAUGAAGGCCUACCAUCUUCUUGGGAUGUUCUUGGAUCAUAUUCUGAAACGGAGAAUCUUUGUCAUGAAACCCUUUUACAUCUAACAAUGAGAUGGGGAUUGACAGAACUGUCACAUUACCUCCUGUAUCUGCCUGGUGGAACGUCUGCAUUGAGUAGAGUGAACAAGGAAGGGGAGACCCCGGUAGAACUUGCUGUUCGGAAUGGUCACACCAAACUGAUCGAGCGUAUAACACAUUUUCAGGAACUGCCUCCCCUUGACUUCUGCACAGCCGCAAUCAAUCCUGAUUCCUAUCUACGGUUCUGUCGUUCCAAUGGGGUAUUGAUAUUAACCCAGUAUCAGACUUCUGGAGACUCGGUGGAAUCGGAAAUAGAACUCUUCAGAAAAUGUUUGUGCGAUACCAACUUCUUUGAGAAGAUUGUAAACUCCAUGCACUGUAGGACUGACAAGAAGCAGAUGUCACUAGAUGGAAUGAGCCCAGGAGGAGAAAAAAGACAUUCAUCAGCAGAUGCCCUGAAGAGAUUGAAAUACCCACCCACUAUGCUCGCUGCAACCAGACUCUCUGCCAUGCUCAAUGGGAAUGAUGAGGUGUAUGUCAACUCUAUGGUAGUAGAUGAAGUUAAUGAUUCAGACCUCGGCUUCAUUCACCUGGACAACGCUGGCAGUGAUGCCUCUUAUGCGGACUCCACCCCAACGUCUCAGAGCUCUCUCAGAGAUGUCAGUUCCUCUGCUUGUGCUUCCCCUGAGAAUAUCCCAUCAGAGAUAAACGAUGGGGAGAAUGCAGACUCCUCCGCCUACAUGUCACCUUCUAGGCUUUCCUCACCUGGGGGCACCAACCGACAGUGCAGAACGCUGGGAUAUGGAGCCAGCAGGAAUACAGCUUACACAAGUAUCAAGAAGAGAAGUUCCAGCUUAGAUGGACUUGAUGCUGACAGCGAAGGAGAGGGGACGUAUAGCAGAUAUCACGAUUCUAGUUCUCCAACUAAGGAGGACACCUCCGGCCUGCUGGGGAACAGUGGUGAUGAGCUGGACUCCCCCGAGACAAAUGCUGAUCUAAGUUUCCAAAUCAGUCAAUCAGGAACUUUACCCCUCUCUCAGAGUAAGGAUCAAUUGGCCGCUGGUCUUAGAUUCCGCUCUUACUCUUGUUCAUCUCCAAAAAAUUUUCUUGGAAAGCCUCGCUUGACACGUGACCUUUCUAUUGGUGACCCCGGGGAGGAACGAGCGUACAGCCUUCCUGAUCAGUCACGAGACAAAAGAAUUGAAGAAGAGGAAUGGGACAGGUAUAUGACACCUUCAAAACCAGAAUCUGAGAAAAACAAAGUCAGCCGCACUUUCAGCUUCUUGCGGAGCAGGAUGACUAGCACGCGGAACAAAAGCAAGACCAAAAACAAGGAUGUGAAGGAGAAGGUGAACAGACACCAGUUUGUGGUUGGCACGUUCUCGGGUGUGGUACCGUGUCUGGUGUGUGAGAAAGCUCUUCUUGGGAAAGAAUCCCUGCAGUGCUCCAACUGCAAUGUGAACGUACACAAGGCCUGCAAGGAUGCAGCCCCAGCAUGUACAAAGAAGUUUCAGGACCGGUAUCAUCCCAAGUACAAGCAACCAGCUGUCAUUUCAAAUUCAUCUUUCAAGGACGUCCCUCAGCCAGUUCCCUCCGCCAUUCCUCCCUCGACAUCCGUGUCUCUUGGACUAUCCUCUGGAAAGAAAGAUUUUUCACAGUCAGUAAAUCCACUGACUAGAAGCAUGACCUUGGCCAGUAUAGACAGGAGAUCGGAGCAGUCAUUGGAAUCUGACGGAGACACAAGUGGCUCUAGAUCCAGGUCACAGUCAGAAGAGCUCUUACAAACUAUGGGAACUCCUCCAUCGGUUGACGCCUUCCCCAUUGAAGAUGUUGUAGACGCAGCUCUGUCGAGUGACUUCAGUAGCGACACUCUGGAGUUUGAAGCGGAAUCCUGGAGUUUAGUGGUGGAGUCGUCUUUCUGCAGCAAGCAAGAGAAAGAUGUCAUCAAGAGGCAAGAUGUUAUCUUUGAACUCAUGCAGACGGAACUGCAUCACAUCCAGACCCUGUCCAUUAUGUCUGAGAUAUUCAGGAAAGGGAUGAAGGAGGAGCUGCAGCUGGACCACAGCACCGUGGAUAAAAUCUUCCCUUGCCUCGAUGAGCUGCUGGAGAGCCACAAGUCCUUCUUCUGCGGCCUGAGGGAGCGGAAGCUGGAGUCCAGGGAAGGCAGUGACAGGAACUUUGUGAUCAACAGAAUUGGAGAUAUCCUAGUACAGCAGUUUUCAGCGGAGAAUGCAGAUAAAAUGAAACGGAUUUAUGGCGAAUUCUGCAGUCACCACAUUGAGGCCGUGAACUUGUUCAAAGAGCUGCAACAGAAUAAAAAGUUCCAGAACUUCAUAAAAGAGACAAACAGUAAUCUACAGGCUCGUCGCCGGGGGAUCCCUGAAUGCAUACUCCUCGUAACACAGCGCAUCACCAAGUACCCGGUGCUGGUGGAGAGGAUAUUGCGCUAUACACCAGAGGCGACGGAGGAACACAAGGACCUGUGCCGAGCCCUCAUCCUAAUUAAGGACAUGAUCGCUGCUGUAGAUUUAAGAGUCAGUGAGUUUGAAAGAAAACAAAAGCUGGAAGAGUUUGUAAAUAAGAUUGAAAAUAAGACAUUGACAAAAAUGAAGAAUGGGCGUGUGUUUACAAAGCAGGAUAUAAGGAGCAAUGAGCAGGUGCUUCUUCACGAGGGCGUCAUCCUGUGGAAAACUGCCACUGGGAGAUUUAAAGAUAUACAAGCUCUUCUGUUAACGGACGUGUUGCUGUUUCUUCAAGAAAAAGAUCAAAAGUAUAUAUUUGCUGCUGUGGAUCAGAAACCACCGGUUAUUCCUCUCCAAAAGCUGAUAGUGCGGGAAGUGGCCAAUGAGGAACGUGGGAUGUUUUUAAUAAGUGCAUCAUCUGCUGGGCCUGAAAUGUAUGAAAUUCACACUACUUCCAAAGAAGAACGCAACUCCUGGAUGAGGCAGAUACAGGACGCUGUACAGAGUUGUCCAGAAGAGGAAGAAGGAAAGACCUGUGAAUCGGAUGACGAUAAGCGGGUUGCUGAAGCGCAAGUAGCAAAAGCCCAUAAAUAUCAAGAAGCUUUGAGCUACCAUGACCAGCAGAUUUGUAGCUGUUUGGAAGAAAAGCUCCAGAACUUUGCAGAACUUGCAGCUCUGUGUGGGGGGAAAGAUAUGCACCUAGAACCCCAGCUUCUCAUUAAGGCAGACUCUGGAGAGAUCCCGCAGGCGGCAUCAUUGCUGGUGGCCGCACUGAAAGAAGCCGAAAGCCUUUAUGCUGUUUUAACAUCACAAAUGGAGACUUCAGUAUGGUCACCAGAUGACUGUGAGCCACCCAGCAGAUCUAAGAGCUGUUCCAGCACAAAUCCAUUUGAAGAGGUUGAUGAGUUGGACUGCGACUAUGUGUCUCCUGAUGUCAGAGAGGGGGAUCCGUGUAAUGCUGAUCUCUAUACUUCACCAGCAGAGAGUUAUGUGGACAUGUCUUUUCCUGAAGAAAAGGUUGAAUUUGCACAGGCCACAGGCUAUAAGCAAGCAGAGGUCUUGCAGACAAUACAAAACCUGACACGUCUCUUGUACAGUAUACAGGCUACUGUAACCAUGCAAGACAGCCAUAUAGAACUCCAUAAGGCGUUAUUCCAGGAUCAUGAGCCGGGCAGUAAGGGAUUUGCCCUCCGUGGGUCUCUGCUACAGGAACAGUACCGCCACCUAGAAAAGCACCGCGGAGAGGUGGUCAAUUUGCACAAACUUCAGCACCAGUUUCAUCAGGAACAGCAGCGCUGGGCCCGGGAGUGCGACCAGAAGGAGAGGGAACACGAGGAGAAGGAGAGCAUGCUCCAGCAGAGGGAGAGAGAGUGCCAGUGUCAGGAGCAUCUGCUGGACGAGAGAAGGGAAGAACUGAGUCACCAGAUUCAGGACUUCCAACAAAAUGUGGAUAGACUGCAGGAAGGUCAGAGGCUGGUGGAGAAUGAAAGAGAUGAGCUCUGCGUACAAAACAAGCUCCUCAAGCACUGGAAGCAUACUUGCCAGAACAGUUUGCCGGCGCUCUAUCCACACCAUAAAACAGAGGGUGUAAGAAACUCCCAGCCUGACAGUUUACAAAAUGAAGACUCUGUCUAUAUUAGCAAUGCUCUGGCUCAUAUAUCGCUCAGCAACAUUACAGCACUUCCAAACUCCGGUUAUUCCGAUGCUCACGUGGAUAAUACCUCUGACUUUGUAGAGACUUCUAAGAACAGUUCUGUGGACAUCUCUAAUGAACCCUGGAGCGCCUUAAUUUCCCAGCAGCAGAGUCUUGAGAAUUCCUCCCGGCACAGUAAUAAAGACGCCUGUAAUAAUGAUCUUAAUGCUGCCCAUGUCAUAUUCUGUGGGACAUUACUGGCUUCAUCCGGACAUAAUAUAAAUGCAGGGACCCCUCAAUCAUCGCAGCCGUCUGAGAAAACACACCAUACUGACACUCCAAAGGACAUAGAAAAUGGGUGUGUGGAAGAGAACAUUGUUUACAUCUGAUUGGGAGCAGGCCACAUUGUCACAUUAUGUGCCAUAAUUCUCUUUGCUGGUGGAACUUACAUCAGACAUUGUACAUUAUCGAUCACUUUAUCUUUGUUAGAAUUGCCAUUGAUUGGCAGUAAUUCUAAAAUGUUGCACGUGGAUGCCAAAAUCCAUUUUUGUGAUAUCGACGGUCAUUCUGGUCAGUGACUGAAAUCAGCCUAGUGCAAACAGUGCUACGAUCGGCUACUAAUGCCUCAAUGACAAUAAACUUAUAUUCACUACUACAUGUUUCAGAUACAGAGAUGUUGUAUAACUCCACGGAUGUUCUUUAUGUUAGAAGAGUAUCUCAAGAAGAGAAUGAUGGAUUAUUCAGUGGACUAAAUAUAAUGCUGUCUAUGGCCUUUGUUUGUGUAAGAAAAUAUUUAAUGAAUAUGAACUUUGGUCCUAGAGAUUGCUAUGUAAGUACCCUUGAGAGUUUAAAGGGUAAACUUUUUUUUUUCUUGUGGAAAACACUAAGUUAUUAUCUUUUUUUUUUUUUUUUUACAUGCUGUAAAUGACUUUUCACUGCUUUAGCAACUUUCCAAGUGACCAAUGCAUACAUUCUGUUAAACAUGCCAAAUCUCUGCAGUGUCAAGAAAUAUUCCUGGUUGUGUUCACUGUCUACAAGCAUUAAAGAGCACAGCAUCAAAAAUC